AGCAAGGCAGGUAAAUGGAGCCAAUCGGUGAGAAACUGCUGGCAUUCGAGGGUUGUUUAGUGUCAGCCCCCUUUUAAUUAGAUCAUCCAGCUCCAAAUCGGCAAUACAAGUUUCCUAAACCGAAUCGCACGUCGCCAGGUGCGCAUAUGGAUUGUUUUAUAGAUUAAAGUCCACAUUGGAUCCAAGGAAUUGUGCCUACUGGGUGGGGGAAAUAAACUUACUUCGACUCUCUUUUGGACUUCCCUAAAUCUUGAUCUUCGCCGCCAGGGCCAACGCAUUUGGCGAAAGCCAUGUUCCAGCCUCCGGCCAAGAGAUGCUUCACCAUCGAGGCUCUGGUAGGCAAAGACAACGCGUCCACUCUGGGGGAUGAACCGCUCCGACCGACAGCUCUGAGAUACGCCGACUCGCUGCACGCCUCCCACUUCGGAAGUGGCUUUCAGAACGCCGGCAGGACUCUCUACAGCAGCCCCGAGCUCUUGUUUCCCGACCCGGUAACCCACGCGGCCAGCCCCGCUCUCUCAAUUCACCCAGGCAACGCACACCAUCUGUCCGCACAGUCUUUCUUUGCGCCCCAGCAGAGAGAAGCACUAAGUUUUUACCCAUGGGUUUUAAGGAACAGAUACCUGGGUCACAGAUUUCAAGGUGGCGAGGGAGGAGCGGAGAGCCUGCUUCUCCACGGCCCUUUCACCAGGAAGCCUAAGCGGAUUCGAACAGCGUUCUCUCCGUCCCAGCUCCUUAGACUAGAGAGAGCUUUCGAGAAAAACCACUACGUGGUGGGCGCCGAGCGAAAACAAUUAGCAAGCAGCUUGUGUCUCACGGAAACCCAGGUAAAGGUGUGGUUUCAGAACAGAAGGACCAAGUACAAACGACAGAAGCUGGAGGAAGAGAGCCCCGACACGCAGCAGAAACGAAAAGGGACACAACACGUGAGCAGGUGGAGAAUGGCCACCAGGCAGACCAGCCCGGAGGACAUUGAUGUGAUUUCAGAAGAUUAGAGGUCGCCUGGAUUCAGACAUAAACCAUUCCAAUGUUUCAGUAUAAUUCGUGCAAUGAUGACUGCGAGCAGCCAGCUAGAUGGUUAUUGAAUAUCCAACCUGUUUAAUAAUACUGGCCCAUCAUGGAAUUCCCGAUUCCACUUCGGAUCAAGUCACACGACACAAAGGUGGACUAAAAAAACUUCAACCGUGUGAUUAUAGUUUAAUUAAAAAGAAUCUUUGUUAAGAAAACAGUUUGAGUGCAGCAAGUGGAAGAAGGAGCGUUCGUUCUCGCUAGAGGUUGGCAGGCAGGCUGGCCGUGGGUGGAGCCCACUUGGGCCCACGCCCUUCAUUCACCAUUCAAUUGGUUUCACGGAUUUGGUAGCAUCCGGCGUCUUCGCAGUUAAUGCCACGGGAUUGUGUUUUCUUUUCUCGUUUUAGGUUGGAGGAUUAAAACAAUAAAUAUAAAUGACCGCAAGGCCCGGCGUAGCCUUGCGUGCAGCCUGAACACAAGGAACAAAACAAAUAUUCAUUUGCAAGUUUCUACGGGUUUUAAACUGAGGAAGGGACGGUCUUAAAGGAGGUUAGCGCCGAAGACCUCCUGUACGUGAAUGGCACUGUGUGAUUCCCGUUACUUGAUGUUAAUGUCUCAUCUCACCCCCUCCGCAUAGAUCUGUUUUAUAAUGGUCUUUUUGGUCGAUUGUAAAUAAACGUGUCACCAAUGAUAUGUCCCAUACCACAAAAUAAUAAGGAAAUAUUUUUUCCACAAUAAAAUAUAUUGCAAAAAAAAAAA